AUGAAGAUUGCGAUUAUUCAAUACUCCACUUAUGGGCAUAUCACGACUUUAGCUAAAGCCGUUCAAGAAGGUGUCGAAAAAGCCGGAUAUAAGGCUGACUUGUUUCAAAUACCAGAAACAUUGCCUCAAAAUGUUCUUGAUCAAAUUCACGCACCACCUAAACCAAAGGAGAUCCCAAUUGCAACUUUGGAAACAUUAACCUCCUACGAUGCAUUUUUAUUUGGUGUACCUACUAGAUUCGGUACUGGACCCGCCCAGCUUUUUGAUUACUGGGCGGCAACUGGUGGAUUAUGGGCACAAGGCGCUUUAGAUGGAAAACCAGCAGGUGUGUUUGUUUCAACUGGUACUCAAGGUGGUGGUCAAGAAACAACCGUCCGAAACACCUUGAACUUUUUGGUUCAUCAUGGUUUGAUCUAUGUUCCUUUAGGUUAUGCUAAAGCUUUCCAAUAUCAAGCUAAUCUAGAUGAAAUACACGGUGGUUCUCCAUACGGUGCAGGUACUCUUGCUGCUGGUGAUGGUUCAAGACAACCAAGUGAGUUGGAAUUGAAAAUCGCUACAAUUCAAGGUGAAUCCUUUGCUCAAACUGCUGCCAGAUUCGUUGAUGGUGCCGAAGCUGCUGCCGCUAAGGAAAACAAAAAAAAAGAGCAAGUACCUACAGAAUCUAACAAAGCUGCUGCUCCUAAUACUACCACUACUACUACUACUGCUCCAACCGAAAAAGCUGCUGAUGGUGCCGCUUCCUCGGCUCCAGCUCCAGCUCAACAAAGAGCUGCUCAACAAACUACAAAAGCUCCUGAAUCAACAGAUAAAAGUUUCUGCUCAAAGUGUACUAUAAUGUAA